AGCUCUGACGUCUCAGAAUGCACUUUCACCUGGGGUGGUGCAGGCAGCGAUGACAUCACAGCGCUCUCUGCUAACUCCGCCCACUACCAGCUGCUGUCAGAGCUGGGGAAAGGCUUCAACAACCUGAGCCAGGUGCACAUGGCACGCCACACCCCCUCCCGCCAGCUGGUGGCAGUCAAGAACACCAACCUGGAUGAGUGUACAGAGGAUGAGCUGCUACAGUUGAUGAACGAGGUUCUUCUCUCCAGGCUGUUCCGCCACCCCAACCUGCUGACCUCUCGCCUGGUCUUCAGCUCCUGCUGCCAGCUCUGGGUCCUCACACCACUCAUGGGCUACGGUUCGGCAGAUAGCCUGCUGAGGACGUUCUUCCCUGACGGGAUGAGUGAGUCCCUGAUCGCUUACCUCCUCCAUGGAGUCCUGAAGGCUCUGCAAUACCUGCACCUCAUGGGCUACGUGCACAGGGGAGUGAAGGCCAGUCACAUCCUGCUGUCUGGGGAGGGCCGUGUCUACCUCUCGGGGCUGCACAGUGUUUACAGUAUGAUGCGGGAUGGGAAGAAGGUGAGGACCGUGUUUGACAUGCCCCACCACAGCCCCGCGCUGCUACCCUGGCUCAGCCCAGAGCUGCUACGACAGGACCUGCAUGGCUAUGGGGUGAAGUCAGACAUCUACAGUCUGGGGAUAGUAGUCUGUGAGCUGGUCAGUGGCAGGGUGCCUUUCCAGGACAUGCCCCCUACACAGAUGCUGCUCCAGAAGCUGCGUGGGUCCCACUGCUGCCUGCUGGACGUGGCCGUCCCCCCUAGGGAGGCUGGGGGGCUGAAGGUGUCCCGCUCCGUGGACUCUGGCAUCGGGGAGAGUGUUGCCACAGGCAGCCUGACCCGCACCGCCACCGCCGAAAGACCUCAGAGCCCCGCCCCAAGAACACUCGCCACCCUGCACAACCUGGUCCAGCUGUGUCUGCAACAGCAGCCCGACUGCAGGUGAGACAUACACGUGGCAGACACACGGAACGCAACGCCACACACCGAACGCAGGUGAGUCAUACACGUGUGCAGACACACGGAACGCAACGCACACA